AUGUUGACCAGAGCAUCGCGCAGUCAGGCGCCAGCUGAUGGCGCUCCCGCCUUCAGUGGAGCUUUGUCGAUGGCUGCCAGGAAACGCAAGACGGCAGACGAGGCACCAGUCGCGCCGUCCAAGAAGAGCAAACGCCUCCACACUACCAGUCGAGACGGAAUAAUCCAGAGUCACUAUUCUACGAGGAAGCUCAUACCCGAGGGCGAGUCCACACCCUGGAGCUCGCCGGCAGGGACUCGCCAAACAGGAAGCUUUUCGAUUCACCCGGAAACAACGCUCAAAGCCUUCCAGCAGUCACCGCCUGAUGUCUCUGCUCUCCCCGUGAUCAACAAGGCGCCGACCGAUGUGCUUAGAGUCUUUGUCUUUGGGCUUGGAGAUAUGAGUGGAAAGCUUGGCCUUGGACCUAAUAUUAAGAGCACUCCUCUACCGGUCCCCAUACCCAAGGUGGACGGAAGGGAAGAGGGAAGCUACACUAUCGUACAGAUUGCAUGCGGUGGCAUGCAUGCGAUAGCACUGACACAGGACGGCAAAAUCGUCACCUGGGGCCGGGAACGAUGA